CCGUGACCGGGGGCCGGGGGGGAGGGAGAUGAGGAGGGAGGCGGGGGUGCCCCCUUGCCCCCGCGGGGCAGGGUGAGUCCCAACAGGCCGAGGAGGUGAUCCGACAGGGCCCCGCCCGGCCGGGGGCGGGGGGGCGGAGCCCGGCACCCACUUAGGGCGGCGGGCGGGCGGGCCGCCCCACAGGGACCACGGGGAGGACCGGCGGGCCCGGCGGGCGCCGAGCCCGGAACCCAAGGACGGGGAGCCCGGCGGGCCUCCGCCGAAGCCCGCAUGUUCGGCUGCUGGGCGGCGGGCCCCGGGGUCCGGCCCGGGGCGGCGGGGCCGCUGCGGGGCCGCGUGGAGGAGCUGAAGCGCCCGCGGUGGCGCGAGGCCUCGCCCGCGUCGCCCCUGGUGCUGCGGCACAGCGAGUCGGCCCGGUUGGCGGCGGACGCCCUGCUGGAGCGCGGCGAGGCCGCCUACCUGCGCGUGGUGGCCGAGGAGCGAGAGCUGCCCUUCCUGUCCGCCCUCGACGUCGACUACCUCGGCCGCCGGGCCCGAGGAGGGACGCCCCAGCCCCCGCCGGGCGACGAGCCCCCCGCGCCCGACGGCCCCCCGUCCGUCCCGUCGGACGCCACCUCGGGCACCUACUUCCCGGCCGCGUCGGACGCCGAGCCCCCGGACCUGGACCUGGGCUGGCCGGACGUGCCUCCGGCCACGGGCUUCGGCCCCACGCAGGCCGUGGUCCAUUUCCAGCGGGACCGGGCCAGGAGCAUCAAGGACCUCCUGCGCUUCCUCAUCAGCCAGGCCCGCACGGUGAUCGCCGUGGUCAUGGACGUGUUCACCGACAUGGAGCUGCUGUGCGACCUGAUGGAGGCCUCGGGCCGGCGGGCGGUGCCCGUCUACCUCAUCCUGGGCGACGAACACCUGCGCCACUUCCUCGAGAUGUGCUACAAGAUGGACGUCGGCGGCGUCCACCUGCCGAACGUGCGUGUGCGGAGCGUGUGCGGGGACACCUACUGCAGCAAGGCGGGCCGCAGGGUCACGGGCCAGGCUCUGGAGAAGUUCGUCAUCAUCGACUGUGAGCAGGUGGUGGCCGGGAGCUACAGCUUCACGUGGCUGUGCAGCCAAGCCCACACCAGCCUGGUCCUGCAGCUGUGGGGCCGCAUCGUGGAGGACUUCGACCGCGAGUUCCGCUGCCUCUACGCCGAGUCCAAGGCGGUGGAGGGCUUCUGCGGCCCCGAGGACCCCCCGGGCCCGGGGGGCGUCCCGAGGCCCGGCCCCGCCCCGGUCCCGCCGCCCUUCGGGGCCGAGGCCCCGAGCCCGCCGUCGACGGCGCCGUCCGGCGCCAGCCUCGCCAGCGUCAGGCGCUCGCCCCUCCUCGGCGGCUCCGGCUACCGGGCCCCGCCGGGGGAGCCGGGGUCGGGGUCGGGGUCGGGCUCCCCGGGCCGGGACCGCGGCGGGGCCCUCGGCCUCGGCCGGCCCGGCCCGCUGAGCCUCGGCCUCGGCCUCGGCCUCGGCCGGUCCGCGCGCCCGCCGCUGCACCGCAGGCUGUCGGACCCCGACCGCGGCCCCGCCCCGGGCCCGGCCCGGCGCGGCCCGCCCGGCGCCUGCCGGCGCAACCUGGAGAAGAUGGGGGCCUCGCCGUGGUCUCGGUCCUCCCCGGCCCUCAACCGCGAGGGCGGGCCCGGCCCCGCGGCCCCGCGGGCCUCCCACCUCCCGCUCGCCUUCCCCCGCGGCGGGGAGGGUCUGGGCCGCCUCCCCGAGCACGGCGGGAGCCCCGGCCCGCCGGACGCCCGGAGGCCGGCCCUCGGGCACGCCCAGCUGGACCUCGCCGCCCGGUACCCGCCGGCGCCCGGGCCCGCCGCGGCCGGAGAGCCGCUCCCGGACGAGGGGCGGCCCGGCCCGGGCCGCGGCCGGCCGGACCUGGUCGCCAAGUACCGCCGGCCGGAGGGCGGGGCCCCGGGCCCCGGCUCCUGGGGGAGGCCCCGGGGGGACGAGAGGCGGCCGACCCUGGGCCACGGCAAGCUCGAUCUCAUCACCGAGUACCGCCGGCCGCGCGGCGGGAAGAAGAGCCCCGAGCGGGACCCCUCCCCGGGCCGGGUCCCCGGGCCCGGCGGCGAGGCCGACCCCGACGGGUUCUCCGAGGAGAAGCGGAUGACCCCGGGCCACAGCAAGCUGGACCUCAUCACCAAGUAUAACAAGUCCAAGUUCAAACUCAUCCGCAGCCGCUUCGAGACCUAGCGGGCUCCCCGCCCUCCCCACCCCGGACCGCGCGGGACGCCCCCGGCGCGCGCUCCCCCGCCCCUGGCGCAUCAUAAUAACGUCGCUGUGUGUUAAGCGCUUACUGUU